AUGGUUUUGAAAAUGAUGAUGCCGCGGUGUGGCGUGUCGGAUAUCGUCAAUGGGACCACUUGGAUGGAGCCCAACAAGAAAGGCCAGAACCUCCGUGAGGCCAGAACCUCCGUGGGAAUCGCUAGGUGGCCGGCUUCUAAUUACCAUCUCACCUGUGGCAUGGAGAACAGAUUCAAAGGGCCCGGAGGAACUAUUGCCCAUGAUUCCCCACCAACUAGCAGGCCAUUCCGCUACGACGCGGACGUGAGGUGGUCUGUGAAUCCACCCUCCGGUUCGCCCGCUUUGGACUUGGAGGCCGUGACUUUCCGCGGGAUCGGUCACCUCGUUGGGCUAGGGCACAGCGGUGUUGGAGGGUCCGUCACGUACUCUUUCAGAGAUCCUACAUAUCAAGGGCAAGCUUUAUACGACUUUUGA